CUCUUUCCUCCUUCUGAACAGCAACCUAAAUUCCCACCAAAAAGAUUGUUAUCUUUUCUGUCAUCGCCGUAUCCUUCUCGACUUCUAAUUUUAGCCAACCAUGUUUACGCACAAAAGGGAGAGUACCAAAGUGUAACCAAAGCCACAGAAAGCAAAACCAUUUUUUUGUCCAACAAAAGCACUUAAAUUACAAGGUGUUUUAACCUUUCUUCGCUAGCUAGCUUGCUGGCUAGGUGUUUGUUUGUUUAAUUUCUUCGAUUUCCUAUGGCAGAGAAAGGUAAGGAGGAAGAAGCAGUUGAGUAUUAUUUGGAGGACGAAGAUGGUGACGAGGAAGGAGAAGCCUUGAACCGGGUUGAAAGUAGUAGUAGUGGUGAUGGUGGAGGUGGUGAUGAAGAUGAUGGUGGGAAAUAUGGGACUUUCUCUUCUCAGCAAUGGCCUCAAAGUUUCAUAGAAACUAUCUAUCCUUACACAAUCUCGGUGUCACCAAAUUUUGGAUUUCUUCGACGUGGACCAAUUAACCAGAUCAGUUCAAGUCAUGAAAAUUGUAGUAAAAGUUUUUCAGAUGCGGAUGCAAAGACUCCCUUUCUGUCUGAUGUUGAAAAGAAUUAUCAGAAAGAAGAGUCGGAUAGGAUCUCAAUAGCGCGGUCAUCGUUUUCAAAAGCUUCAUUUCAUACUGGAGAAGUACCUGUUCCUCAUGGAUGUAGCUUCACUCAAACUGUCUUCAAUUCAUUUAAUGUAAUGGUUGGAGUUGGGGUUCUGUCUAUGCCUUAUACAGUGAAACAAGGAGGCUGGGCUAGUCUGGUAUUACUUGUUGUUUUUGCACUUGUGUGUUGUUACACAGCCACUCUUAUGAAACAUUGUUUUGAGAGCAAGGAAGGCAUCAUAAGCUACCCUGAUGUAGGAGAAGCUGCAUUUGGGAAAUACGGACGUCUAGCAAUAUCAAUCAUUUUGUACACAGAAUUAUAUUCGUACUGUGUAGAAUUUAUCACUUUGGAAGGCGAUAAUCUUAGCAGGCUAUUCCCUGGAACAUCUUUGGAUUCCGCCGGUUUUCAUCUUGACUCUAAGCACUUGUUUGGAAUCUUAGUUGCUCUUAUUGUUCUACCAACUGUUUGGCUAAGGGAUCUUCGUGUGAUCUCGUACCUUUCUGCUUGUGGGGUGUUAGCGACAAUUAUGAUUGUUCUUUGUAUGAUUUUGGUUGGUACUGUCGAUGGAGUUGGAUUCCAUGAAAAUGGUCCGUUGGUGAAGUGGAGUGGAAUUCCAUUUGCCGUUGGUGUGCAUGGGUUCUGUUAUUCAGCUCACUCUGUGUUUCCAAAUAUCUACCAAUCAAUGGCUGAUAAAAGACAAUUUACCAAGGCAGUAAUAGCAUGCUUUGUAUUGAGCUUUGUGAUUUAUGGAGGUGUUGCAACUCUGGGAUUUCUCAUGUUCGGUGAGCGUACAUUGUCUCAGAUAACCUUGAAUAUGCCAGCACACACCCUUACAUCAAAAAUUGCUUUGUGGACUACAGUUACCAACCCGCUUACCAAAUAUGCACUGUUGAUGAACCCAUUGGCCAGGAGUAUAGAGGAGCUACUGCCUAUUAGAGUUGCAAACAGUCUGUGGUGCUACUUUCUUCUACGAACAGCGCUCGUCGCAUCUUCUGUGUGCGUUGCCUUUUCUAUUCCUUUCUUCGGUCUUUUAAUGGCUUUGAUGGGUUCUGUCCUCUGUAUAUUUGUGGCAGUAAUAUUACCAGCUUUAUGCUUCCUAAAGAUCAUGGGGAAGAAAGCUACAAGGACACAUGUUGUCUUGAGCUCAAUGACUGCUGCACUGGGCAUCAUUUGUGCAAUCGUUGGAACAUACUCUUCAUUAUCAGACAUCGUGAAGCAGUACUCAUGAGAUACCAACAGCCAAACGUUUGAUCAAGUAACCGGUGAUAAGCAUCAUUUCCUGCGAUAAUCUGUUUCCAUGACUACUUAAACAAAAGGGCCUUGUAAUUUUUAGUGUUGAAGCUCAUCAUUUCUCAUACCUUUCCUUGGAGAAGCUAUAUUGAGCACAUUUUUUCAACAUGAAUUAGCAGAGGCAGCUAAACAGCAGCACUUCAGGAAUUUUGAUUCUUGGAGCGUUCUUGUUUCUUAAUUAUUUAUUCAUCAUUUAAUAUUGGGGCUGCUGGACUUUAAACCAUAGUUAUAAAAUAUGUUUCUGCUUAGCAAGUAAA